AUGGCCGGCGAAAAGGUGUGGGCUCUCCACGACUUUGAGGCGGAGAACCCGGACGAGGUCUCGUUCAAGGCUGGCGAGUGCAUCAUUGUGAUCGAAAAGGACGACGCCUACGGCGAUGGCUGGUGGCAGGGCACCAACAUCCGCGGCGAGUCUGGCCUGUUUCCGUUCACCUACACCACCUUGGAUCAGAGCCAAGCACUGGUGGCGCAGACGGGCAGCAGCUCUGCCGAGCCCGGAACCACACCGCAGCAGGCCUCGAACAAACCUGGCGUGAUGCACAGCACGAUGGCCGACAUUGACAAUGCGCUGACGGAACUCCAGAGCGACCGGAGGCGCGGACGGAAGUCGAUCGACGCCCCCGACGGCUCACGAGCCUCAUUCACGAGCGAGCGCACGGCCGACAUGACCAACGACGAUGCCUCCGAGAUCUACAACCCCUCGUCCGACGACUACGCCAGCCGCUCAGCCGCUGCUCGCGCAGCGCUGGCCGUCAAUGCCCAGAGGGAUCUCCAGUCGGCCCAGGAGAAGGAGCGCCAGAACGAGCAGAGGAGGCGCGAGGAGGCGAUGCGGGAGUUUGAAAAGGAGGAAGCGCGCCAGCGCGACCUGCUCCUCGAAAAGGAGAGAGAGCGACAGGCCCAGGCCGCGGCGGGCACCCUCGACUUCAGCAGGGACGACAAGCCCAAGGUGGCCCCAAUCGCCGGAGUCGACAUGAGCGACGAGAGCGACAGCGAAGGGAGCGCCGGUGACCUCGACGACUUCGGCGACAAGACCCAUAGCCCACUCUUCGGCAAUCUUGCCUCUGCGACUGCGCAAAAGCCAUCCGAAGAUGCAGGCAGGGCGGGCGGGUCUAGCCUCAAGAACGUCGUGGAGCCUCUGCCGGAGGAGACGCCGGAUGAAGCCGCCGCAGCCGAGGAUGCGACAGCAGCGCCACCGGCCUCGAGUCCAGCGGCACCUGCCGUCGCAGCCGCAGCGGCCGACGCUGCUGAGCCCGAAAUCGUGCCACCGAGUUCCGCUCAACCGGAGGCCGCACCCACGCCAGCUGCGGCGCCAACGGCGACUGCGGACGCCGACAGCAGCGCCGGUCCAGUCGCGGCGAUGACGGCCGGUGUUGGGGCGGUUGCGCUCGGCGCCACUGCUGGCACCAUCACCAUCACCUCUCGGUCGACGUCGCCAGUGCCACUGGCUCACAGGAAGGCCGAUCCUUCGACGGACAGCAAGCCCACCGACCAACGCAGCGUCGAUGAAAGCUCGCGAGGACGCGGAUCCCUUGCCGACGAGAGCGUUGCGGGCGGAACCGGCACCGUCGGGACCGCGGCUACCUCGCUGGCCGGCGGCGGGCCCGAGACGCCCAAGAGCACCGGCGUACCAUUCUCGACGAGCGUGCAGAGUCCCUCGCAGAGCGUCACGAGCGGCCCGAGACCUGCCGAUCCGACCGAGUGGACCGUCGAGCAGGUGGUCGACUGGGGCAGGUCCAAGGGCUGGGACGAGAACAGCGUCCUCAGCAAGUUCGUGGAGCACGAGAUCACAGGAGACGUCCUGCUCGAGAUGGACGUCAACAUCCUCAAGGAGAUCGACAUCAUCGCGUUCGGCAAGCGUUUCCAGGUGGCCAAUGCGAUCAAGGAGCUGCGCAAGAUGGUGCCUGGCGCCGAGCAGCUCGCCACGCCGGCCAUCUCGGGCAUGCCGGGCAGUCCUGGAGGGCUGGGCGUGCAGAGCGCCGCUCCAUUCUCUCCCACCGAUGCCCUCAUGCCUCCUCAGAGCCCCCAUGCUCCUGCCCCGGGGCCCACUGGUCCAGGAAGCUGGGCCGACUCCCAGAGCGUCAAGCAGCGUGUCGCCGACGCCAGUUACGAUUCGUCCGCGCUCAACGGCAGCCACAGCCGUCCGGCUAGCUCGAUCGGCGAGGGUGUCAGCAGCAACGGCCAGGCGUACACCGGAGCCGGCGGCAUCGCGGCGUGGCAGGCCCAGCAGGCCAGUCAGAGAAGCCGCGUGCCGUCCCAGAAUCCUUCCGAGGGCUACAGCAACGACGACGACGAGCCUCUUGCCGCCCUGGCGGAGAGGCAGCUGGGAGCCAAGAACCGGCGUUCGACCCGGUCGAACGAGGACACGCUGGGAGCGCUGCCUGCGUCUCCGCGAAAGCGCGAGUCGGCCGGAUCUAGCAGUCACUCGCGCGGCGGCGGCGGCGACCGCACCAGCUUCUUCGGCAUCGGCCAGAGGAACCGGAAGCCGCCGCCGAAGGUCAUGGCUCCGGGCAGUGUCGCCGAGGACGAGCGGCACGGCAAGGGCACCCUCUCGCGCCUCGGAUUCGCCCGCAGCAGCCGAUCUAUCCCGUCUCAGGCGGCUUCGAACAGCGACAUGAAGAACGCCAUCUCGCUGCCUACUACCAGCCCCAACUUUGACGGCAAUGGCGACAUGGCCAGACGCAGCAGGAUGAGUGCGCAGAGCGGCACCUCUACUGGCACAGCCGAGCCCAAGCACGGCCGCGCGGCCAGCGUCGGCAGCGCCGGAGCUGGCGCACAGCCCAACGACUGGAACGCCGCCGCGGCUGGCGUCGGUCCGGGCGCCGCCAACAACGCCGCCGCCAACUCUGAAGGCCCCGUGAUGGCGCGCAUCAGGCCCGUCGACCUCGAGGGAUGGAUGAGGAAGAAGGGCGAGCGCUACAACUCGUGGAAGCCCAGGUAUCUCGCCCUCAAAGGGUCGGACCUCGUCAUCCUCCGCGAUCCGCAGGCCGAGAAGAUCAAGGGCUACGUCAGCAUGAAGGGCUACAAGGUCAUCGCCGACGAGAACACGAACCCGGGCAAGUACGGCUUCAAGAUCCUUCACGAGACCGAGAAGCCGCACUACUUCAGCUCCGAAGACCCGAUCCUGGUGCGCGAGUGGAUGAAGGGGCUGAUGAAGGCGACCAUCGGCAGGGACCAUUCAUUCCCCGUCAUCUCGUCCUACAACAACGCCACGAUGUCGCUCAAGGAGGCACAGAGGAUGAACCCGCCGCCGCGGCCGCCGUCGCCGACUAGCCGAGCCCGCACACAGCGUGCCAAGGCGCGGCAAAACACCGACCAGCUGACGGCCAGGGAUGCCGCCAUCCUCAUGAACCUCUCUGGGGGCCAGCCAACAACGCCAGAUGCAACAGGACUGUAA